AUGCUCAACAUAACACCGGGGAGUGUUCUUACCACCACCACUAUUUGUUUGGCGCGGUCGAUGCAGCCUCCGACCCGUACUCCGAGGAAAUCACUCUUCGAUAACAAACAUGGCCAACGAUAUCAUACCUUUGAACACAAGAAAGCACCAUACCCUCUCGCCUAUACCAAGAGUGUCUUUGAACUGGAGUCUAUCGAUAUGCGCCUAGUCCAUCAUAUGAAUGAUGGCUCUGUCUCCUUCGUCGACUUCACCGACGAGAAUUGGACCGCGGAGGGGUCUUCUUCCACUCCCCAAAGGUCGCUCGAUCUAGGUUGUGGUACUGGGGCGUGGGUCAUCGAUGCAGCCAAGGAAUGGCCUGACUGUGAAUUCGUCGGCUUCGACCUCAUGGACAUCCAAAUACCGCUUACCAGUCUUCCAUCCGACUAUGCUUCUAUUUCAGAACGCGUAUCUUGGGUACAUGGCAACUUUCUAACCAACAAACUCCCUUUUGACGACGACGAUUUUGAUCACGUUCACAUUGCGGGGAUCGCACAAGGCGUCCCAGAAAACAAGUGGGGACCGUUGUUUGAGGAAAUCAAUAGAGUGCUAAGGCCGGGUGGUGUCGUGGAGAUUGUAGAGGAUGACAUCAUCUUCCCACUUCUGCCGAAAUGGUUUACUGCCCCUCUCCGAGCACGUCCACGGAGGACAACCUCCGUUCAUUUUCCCAACGGCACACAUCGUGGCCUAUACCCGUUCGCAGAUACCCAGUCCGAUGACACACAACACGAUCACGCGCUCUUAGAGUCGCUGUACAAGUCUGUAUUUGAAAGUCGCUUCAUAAACCUUAACCCCACAGCCAUUCUCCCCAGUUAUUUCACGACAUACUUCAGGCAUGUUACUCUCGGUCCUGUGAUAUCUUUCUUCAUGCCCCCCGUUCCGCCAUUACAACCUCUUCCUCCUCAAAUCAUCACAUCCUAUGUGAUCGACCCAAACUCAGACACGUUAGAUUCUCGCACAUCUACCGUGUUUGCGUCUCCCAGUGAAGUCAGAGGGGCAUCACUGUCUUUCUCAUCUUCUUCCACGACCACAACCGAUUCCUCAAUAUUCAUGAGCACUCGGCGAAAGUCGUCUUCUGUUUCGACUUACGAGAGCUCGGAAACAGCUCCCAAGGAGACUAAUGGGGUUCCUGACCCACCAGCAGUCCCGCCAAAAACAUACACAUUGGAUAUGGCUGUUGACGAAGAGCCUGCAUCUCCGACUGCAUCACGAAAACUCUUACGAAAGCAACUUGGUGCUCUCAAUGAGCGAUCGCUUGCCAUGCAUUUAUAUCGAUCCUACCAGUUCGUCCUCGCAUGUCAAGAGGAAAUGUGGGAAGAGCUGAAAGAUCGGUUACGAAACCGUAGAAAUGAGCUUAAACCAUUUGGCUGGGACGAUGACGAGGAGUUGGAGGAGUUACAGAGCCGCAAGAAGUUUGAGCUGCUUGUCGACCGGUACCGGACCGACAUGCAGAGCCGAACUUCUGUGUGGUGUUCAUUGACGGGAAUUGGAUGGCCGUUUCCGCCACGGGAACCGCUAUCUAAAGCGGAGCUGAUUGAAGAGGAGCGGAUUCGGGCAGCAAUGCUGGAAGCACGCCUUUAUGCAGAUUUGGAGGAAGACAGUGUCCCAUGUCGUGCGAUGAGGGUACUGGUUGGUUAUAAACUUUGA